AUGGAACCCAAAUUAUUAAAAGAGAAACGAAAAAACAAAUCCAACAAAAUCUAUAAUAAGAUAGAUGAUCUUACCGAAAAAAUUUCUUUGUUUUAUGAAGAGUUCCAACAAAGAUCAUAUGGAGAAGAUACCCUAAUUAAUAAUUCGAGUAAUUUUUCAAGUAGUUCUCGAGGUUCAAGACGCACUUCGUUUUCAGAUCCAGUUUUUCAGAAAUUUAAAAACCUUUUCGACGAGACCAUGCGAGAAAACGAUUAUUCUAAAGCCGAUAUGAUUGCCGAAGCUGUAAGUGAUCUUAGAAAGGAGAAGAAAAUAAAGGUUGUAUCGAACAAGGCGGUGGAGAAUUAUUAUAAUCAAACAACGAAAUCCGACGGCAGGAUUAUAGGAGCAAUCAAAUCUUGGAUCGAGCUCAAGACUAAAGGAAAAAAUAAAUCUACAUUCAACGAUAAUAAUAAUAUUAAUGAAGUUAGUGGCGAUGAUACCGAUGAUAGAAUAAAUUAUAAUAACAAUAAAUAG